GCUGGGCUUGUUGUUGGGGGCGGGGGCAUUUCUGCUCACCUUUGCACCUGCACAGUGCACGGACCGGUGGAGCCCGCAGCACUCCCCGUAUUGCUUGGAGGGCAGUGGGGUGGCGUGGCUGUGACUCAGGUCUUGCACUGCCGUCCUUGAUUGCGUGGGGGAGUCUGGGCGGCAGGGGGAGAUGCUGUUCUCGGGAGUAUUGCUUAGUACAGCAUGGUACACCUUACAGUCAGGAGGCUCUGAGCUGGAUGCAGUGGAGAGAGGCUGCGCUCAGUGUGAGAUUGAUCAGUGUGAUGGAAGUGUGGGAUUUGGAGGAAGUCCAGAUGAACAUGGAGAAACAACAUUAGAUGCCAUGAUUAUGGAUGGCGACACCAUGGAAGUUGGGGCAGUAGCAGAUCUCAGACGUAUAAAAAAUGCUAUUAGUGUAGCACGGAAAGUGAUUCAGCAUACUAAGCACACAUUAUUAGUGGGGGAAUCAGCCUCACUGUUUGCAGAAAGCAUGGGAUUUCCAUGUGAAGAUUUAACCACUCAAAAUUCUCUUUCAAUAUAUUUAAAGUGGCUUUAUCAAAGCUGUCAGCCGAACUACUGGAAGAAUGUAAUACCAGAUGCUUCAAAAUCCUGCGGCCCAUACAAACAGGCUAAACAAUUAAAUAGUGAAGAAUGGAUCAACUCACAGAAAAGAAUAAAUAUUCAUAACCAUGAUACAAUUGGCAUGAUUGUAAUUGGUGGUUCCGGACAUGUUGCAGUGGGGACAUCUACAAAUGGUGCAGUCCACAAAAUCCAGGGUCGUGUAGGGGACUCGCCAAUAGCUGGAGCUGGAGCCUAUGCUGAUAGUACAAGUGGAGGAGCGGCAGCCACUGGAGAUGGUGAUAUCAUGAUGCGCUUUUUGCCCAGCUAUCAAGCAGUGGAAUAUAUGAGGACAGGAACAGAUCCAACUACAGCUUGCCAAAAAGUUAUUUCCAGGAUCCAGAAGUAUGUUCCAUACUUCUUUGGUGCUGUUAUCUGUGCCAACACAACUGGAAGUUAUGGUGCUGCCUGCAAUAAAGUUCCAGGAUUCACUCAGUUUCACUUCAUGGUUUAUAGUCCUUUGCUAAAUCAGCCAUCUGAGCAAGUAGUAGACUGCAUUUAAUUUUUUCUGUACCAACUGCAUUUACAAUUAAACACGAAAGAGGAAAAAAGAAGGUUGAAAAGGCUCACUGGCUGCCAUUUUACAAAGUGUUUGCAGUUUCCUUUUUGCACAGAUAUUUGAGGAAGAGUAAUGUAUGUGGAGAUAGCACAUAUGUCUCUCCUUUUUUUAAUGUAUUUUGUUUUAUUACCAUGUCACCAAUAUGUCAUAAACUUGAUCUGUAGUUUCUCAAUGUAGCAAACUAAUUUAUUAAUCUGGCAGGUUAUUUCUAAAUUCUGGUGGGCAAGUUGGCUUCAUCUACAGGAUGAACAAAUUUGAUUUUUAUUUUUUUUUUUUAGAUUCCAGGAUACUGUGUAGAGAUCCAAAAUAUCUACUAAUGAUAAAGUGGGAUUUCAAAAUACUCUGCUGGUGUAUGUUGAUGACUAUAGUUUAAAUUGGGAAAUGACUUUUGGAACCAGUCUCAAAAAAGAUGAAAAUUUGCAUGACUGUUGUACCAAGAAGAACUGGAGAACAAUUUCAUGACUCAAUGGAGAGCAAUGAAGAAAGCUUCUGCUUUUGUGGUGAUGUUUCAUCGUUCCAUGAUGUUCAGUCACAGUGAUGCAGUAUUACAUUGCAAAUGUUAUCCUGCAGUGUCAGGAAGAUACUGUAUUUUGUGGCUUUUUGUGACUCAGGUACAUUAUAUGUUCACUCCCUCCUUUCCUUUAUUUCUGGGAACAAAUGGAGAUGUUUCUUACUCCCCUUCCAAUCCCAAAUUGUUGGGUAGGAUCCCAGUAACUGACUUGUUUUCAGAAGAUGGUUUCCAUACUAUACUUCCCUUUUCACUUCCCAUGUUGUGUUCUAUCAGUGUGGGCAGUGCUUCUGUGAUCAGCAUUCCAUUGCUGCCUACACUCAGGUAAAGCACCCAUCAAAUGUACAGAUUCCGAGCCCACAGGACAGUUCUAGAAGAACUGCGGGUGGAAUAAGACUGAUUUUUCUGUAUUAAAUGUUUCACUGGUCAUAAUUCAUUUUUGUAAAUCUCUUCAUUUUAACUGACCUUUUUGGCAACUGAACCACAGAUUAAUAAAUUAGAGGUGAUAAGUAACAGCAUGGAUUUGUCAAGAAUAAAUCGUGUCAAACCAACCUGAUAGCUUUCUUUGACAGAGUAACAAGCCUUGUGGAUGGGGGGAAGUGGUAGAUGUGCUAUAUCUUGACUUUAGUAAGGCUUUUGAUACUGUCUUGCAUGACCUUCUCAUAAACAAACUAGGAAAAUACAACCUAGAUGGAGCUACUAUGAGGUGGGUGCACAACUGGUUGGAAAAUCGUUCCCAGAGAGUAAUCAUCAGUGGUUCACAGUCAUGCUGGAAGGGCAUAACGAGUGGGGUCCCGCAGUGAUCAGUUCUGGGUCCGGUUCUGUUCAAUAUCUUCAUCAGUUAUUUAGAUAAUGGCAUAGAGAGUACACUUAAAGUUUGUGGAUGAUAUGAAGCUGGGAGGGUUGCAGGUGCUUUGGAGGAUAGGAUUAAAAUUCAAAAUGAUCUGGACAAACUGGAGAAAUGGUCUGAAGUAAAUAGGAUGAAAUUGAAUAAGGACAAAUGCAAAGUACUCCACUUAGGAAGGAAAUAUCAGUUGCACGCAUACAAAAUGGGAAAUGAUUGCCUAGGAAGGAGUACUGUGAACAGUCAUCUGGGGGUCAUAGUGGAUCACAAGCUAAAUGAGUCAACAGUGUAACGCUGUUGCAGAAAAACCAAAUAUCAUUCUGGGAUAUAUUAACAAGAAUAUUGUAAGCAAGACAAGAGAAGUAAUUCUUCUGCUCAAUUUCCCGCUGAUUAGGCCUCAACUGGAGAAUUCUGGGCACCACAUUUCAGGAAAGAUGCGGACAAAUUGGAGAAGGUCCAGAGAAGAGCAACAAAAUUGAUUAAAGGUCUAGAAAACAUGAUCUAUGAGGGAAGAUUGAAAACAUUGGGUUUGUUUAGUCCUGGAGAAGAGAAGACUGAGAGAGGAUAGGAUAAGUUUUCAAGUACAUAAAAGGUUGUUACAAGGAGGAGGGAAAAAAAUUGUUGUUCUUAACCUCUGAGGAUAGAACAAGAAGCAAUGGGCUUAAAUUGCAGCAAGGGAGGUUUAGGUUGGACAUUAGGAAAAACUUCCUGUCAGGGUAGUUAAGCACUGGACUAAAUUGCCUAGGGAGGUUGUAGAAUCUCCAUCAUUGAAGAUUUUUAAGAGGAGGUUGAACAAACACCUGUCAAGGACAGUCUGGAUAAUACCUAGUCCUGCCUUUUAUUGAAAAUUGAAUUAUGAAGUGCAGGAUGCUUAGUAAAGAGAAAUGCUUCCUUUGUCCCUGUUGUACUCUGUGCAAGCCCUACUGCCCACCCCCCUCCACACACACACCCUUUGUAUGUUACACCUCUAAAGGAGCAAUUGCAUGUAUACAAUGGAAUUUAUCUUUAGGGAACAAAAUUAUUUGAGUGCCUAGCGCCCUGAGAAAGUGCUGUUUCUCAUUUCUUUUCCUACUACAUCUCAUUUGCAGAUACCAAGUCUUAUUUAUAAUGUACUGCUACAUACUGUGGUUCUUUCCGUAGAUUUUUGAAGAUCGGUUUUAAAGGAUCUUUGAUCUUCCUUCUAACUUGCCAGGCUUGCUGAUCAAUUUAUUAAAUCAAGAGCUUGAGAUUGAUAAGGAAAUUUAAAAGUGAAAAAAGUUAAAACGACCGUAUCGUACCAUAAAUAUUUUUAUCAGCUCUGUCUGCUUGAAUAAAACCACUGGGUAAUGCAAGUUUACUUUAAUGUAUCUUAAUAAUUAGUUUUUUGGUGUCCUUGUAUACUCUGCAUUAAAAUGGUCGUUGCCUUA